AUGCCGGGCUUCGCGCAGGCCACCGACCUCAAUGCAUGGCAAGGUCUAGUUGACCACCACAACGCCGUGGGCCGCAAUCUAGUCCUCAAGGAAUUGUUUGCCCAAGAUCCUCAACGGUUCGAGAAGUUCAAGAGAGUCUUCAAGAACAGUGCCGACGGUUCCGAGAUCUUGUUCGACUUCUCCAAGAACUUUUUGACCGAAGAGACACUGAAGCUCCUGGUCGCUCUGGCCAAGGAUGCCAAACUGGAAGAAUUGCGGGAUCAGAUGUUUGCUGGUGAGAAGAUCAACUUCACCGAGAAGAGAGCGGUUUAUCAUGUUGCCCUGCGAAAUGUCAGCAACCAACCCAUGGCUGUCGAGGGCAAGAGCGUGGUCGAGGAAACCAAUUCCGUCCUGGAACACAUGAAGGAGUUCUCUGAACAAAUUCGGAGUGGCUCCUGGACCGGAUACACCGGCAAGAAGUUGACUACUAUCAUCAACAUUGGUAUCGGUGGCUCUGAUCUCGGCCCGGUGAUGGUCUCGGAAGCCUUGAAGCCAUACGGUGAUAGAAACUUGAAGCUCCACUUCGUUUCCAACAUCGACGGCACACAUAUUACCGAAGCCCUUCGAGAGUCUGACCCGGAAACCACCCUGUUCCUCAUUGCCUCCAAGACCUUCACCACGGCAGAGACCACCACCAACGCCAACACGGCCAAGAAAUGGUUCUUGAAGUCUGCAAAGGAAUCAGAUGUGGCGAUGCAUUUUGUUGCUCUCUCCACCAAUGCGGAGGAGGUCGCCAAGUUUGGCAUCGACACCAAGAACAUGUUUGGUUUCGAGAGCUGGGUGGGUGGCCGAUACUCGGUGUGGUCCGCCAUUGGCCUGUCUGUCUGCCUGUAUAUUGGCUACGACAACUUUCAGCAGUUCCUUGCUGGAGCACAUGCGAUGGACCAGCACUUCAAGACCGCCCCUCUGGAACAGAACAUUCCUGUCAUCGCCGGUCUGCUUAGUGUGUGGUACUCGGACUUCUACGGUGCUCAAACCCAUCUCGUCGCGCCAUUCGACCAAUACUUGCACCGCUUCCCAGCCUACCUACAACAAUUGACCAUGGAAUCCAACGGCAAGGCAGUCACCCGAACCGGCGAGUAUGUCAAGUACACCACCGGUUCCAUCUUCUUCGGUGAACCUGCCACCAAUGCCCAGCAUUCAUUCUUCCAACUUGUGCACCAGGGCACCAAACUCAUCCCCGCCGACUUCAUUCUGGCUGCCAACUCCCACAACCCUGUGGAAGGAGGCUUGCACCAAAGAAUGCUGGCAUCCAACUUCCUGGCUCAAGCCGAAGCUCUCAUGAUUGGCAAGACCCCCGAGCAGGUCAAGGCCGAAGGUGCGCCGGAAGAACUUGUCGCCCAUAAGACGUUCCUCGGCAAUCGACCCACGACCAACAUCUUGGCCGAUAAAAUCACUCCUGGCACUCUUGGUGCGUUGAUCGCUUACUAUGAACACCUAGUUUUCACCGAGGGCGCCAUCUGGAAUAUCAAUAGCUUCGACCAAUGGGGUGUCGAACUGGGCAAGGUGUUGGCCAAGAAGAUCCAGAAUGAGCUUGACACGGAAAAUGCUGGAGCAGACCAUGACUCUUCCACCGCGGGCUUGCUGGCUGCAUUCAAGGCCAAGAAUGAUCUGAAAUGA